AUUGUUUUUAUCCAGAAAAAUCGUAAUAAUUCGACUUGUUAAAAGUGAUUUUAUUUCUAUAACAAGUGAAUAAAGCAGUGUUGUUUAUAGAUUCGGCCUCAAUAUGAAGCAAAUCGUUGCUAAUCAGAAAGUGAAGAUACCUGAGGGUCUCACAGUUCAUGUGAAGUCGAGGCUGGUCACUGUUAAAGGCCCGCGCGGUGUUUUAAAGAGAAACUUCAAACACUUAGCGGUUGACAUUCGCAUGGUAAACCCUCGAUUACUGAAAGUGGAGAAAUGGUUCGGAUCCAAAAAGGAACUCGCUGCAGUAAGGACCGUCUGCUCCCACGUUGAAAACAUGAUCAAAGGAGUAACAAAGGGAUUCCAGUACAAAAUGCGUGCUGUAUAUGCCCAUUUCCCCAUCAAUUGUGUUACGACGGAAGGAAACUCAGUAAUUGAAAUCCGUAACUUCCUUGGUGAGAAGUUCAUCAGAAGGGUGAAGAUGGCACCCGGUGUGACGGUUGUCAACUCGCCCAAACAGAAAGACGAGCUCAUCAUCGAAGGCAACUCCAUCGAAGAUGUGUCAGCAUCAGCAGCCCUCAUCCAACAAUCCACAACAGUGAAAAACAAGGAUAUCAGAAAGUUCUUGGACGGUCUAUAUGUUUCCGAAAAGACUACUGUUGUACCGGAUGAGCUAUAAACAUUAAAAUCUGUAAGCUGA